AUGACAGACGAUGAACCCUCGUUGAAUAUCCCCUCGCUCCUCACUCUAGCAGUCGUAUCGUUCUUCGUCCUCCGAUGGUUCUUUAACCGCGACGACGCCCCGGCAGGAGGCGGCCGAGGUCGGGGCCGUGGGAAUGUCGUCAACCCGGCGCAAGUAGAACAGAUCUCACAGAUGUUCCCUCAGCUGAGCACGCGAGAUAUCAUGUGGGACUUGCAGCGAAAUGGAGGAAGCGUCGCCGCGACAACAGAGCGGAUCUUGACGGGUCGUGGACUGGAAACUCCACCGCCUUCAUUCCAACCCCAAGUCGCAAUCCCCUCCGCCACCAUCCCCGCUGCGCAGACCGCUUCGGCCGCGGCACCCAAAGCAGACGGACAGGAUUUGAUCUCCCGAUACAACCUGAGCGCAAAGGCAGCCAGCACUGCCGAGCCAGAACCACAACUGGCGACGCCAUCCAAGUCCGCUUGGUCCCAGAAUAAGGAAGAGCGCCAACGCCUGCUUCAAAAGCGUCGAGACGAUAUGAUUCUUGCCGCGCGGAGGAAGAUGAUGCAGAAGAAGGAGGGCAGUGCCCAAUGA